UUUCAGUUUAGCGCUGUCGCGUUACAGUUCAUACUACUAUCGGUGAAUCGAAACAAAACGAAAAAGAACUUUAGCAGUCUCGACGGCAUUAGCUAGAUACUCGUAUUUCAGAAAUAUAUAUGGUUUGUUGUUUUUUCUCAAAAUGAAUAAGAACCUCGGUUUUGUGGAGCGCAUGCGCUGGCGUCUGAAAACCAUCGAGCAUAAAAUACAACAAUAUCGCCAGACGACCAACGAGUCAGUCAUCGCCGAUACGGAAUACGGCAAAGUGCGGGGUGUUAAGCGGUUGUCCACUUACGAUGUGCCCUACUUUAGCUUCGAGGGCAUACCCUAUGCCCAGCCACCCAUUGGAGAGCUACGUUUCAGGGCGCCGCAAAGGCCGACGCCAUGGGAGGGUAUCCGAGAUUGCAGUCAGCCCAAAGACACGGCGGUGCAGGUGCAGUUUGUGUUCGACAAGGUGGAGGGUGCCGAGGAUUGUCUCUACUUAAAUGUCUACACCAACAAUCUAAGUCCUGCCAAGCCACGUCCGGUCAUGGUCUGGAUUCAUGGCGGCGGCUUUAUCAUAGGAGAAGCCAAUCGUGAGUGGUACGGACCCGACUAUUUCAUGACCGAAGACGUAGUACUGGUAAACAUUCAAUAUCGCUUGGGUGCUUUAGGAUUCCUCAGCUUGAAGACACCUGGAUUGAAUGUGCCCGGCAAUGCAGGUCUCAAGGAUCAGGUGAUGGCACUCAAGUGGAUCAAGAAUAACUGUGCCAGCUUUGGCGGAGAUCCCGACUGCAUCACCGUCUUUGGUGAAAGUGCUGGCAGUGCCUCCACUCAUUAUAUGAUGCUGACGGAUCAGACACAGGGUCUCUUCCAUCGCGGCAUCUUACAGUCAGGAAGCGCUAUCGCUCCUUGGGCCUACAAUGGUGACAUUACUCAUCGGGCUUACGCAAUUGCAAAACUGGCAGGAUACAAGGGUGACAAUAAUGACAAAGAUGUUCUGCACUUCCUACAAAAUGUCAAGGCCAGAGAUCUGAUACGUGUCGAGGAGCAUGUUCUGACGCCAGAGGAGCGCGCCAAUAAGAAUAUGUUUGCCUUCGGACCUUCCUUAGAACCGUUUGUCACGCCCGAAUGUGUGGUGCCUAAACAACCGCGAGAUAUGAUGAAGACCGCAUGGGGUAACUCUAUUCCCAUGAUGAUUGGCAACACUUCCUAUGAGGGUUUGCUCUGGGUGCCAGAGGUGAAGCUAAUGCCACAAGCAAUACAGCAAUUGGACGCUGGUACGCCGUUUGUUCCAAAAGAACUGGCAGCAGUCAGUAAGGAAAAGAUAAGCAACUGGGCUGAAAAGAUAAGGAACACGCAUGUUACUGGAGAAAAGGCGACGCCGGAUAACUACAUGGAUUUGUGCUCUAUGUACUAUUUCAUAUUUCCGGCUUUGCGAGUGGUCCGUUCCCGUCAUGCUUAUGGAGCUGGUUCACCCGUCUACUUCUAUCGCUAUGAUUUCGACUCGGAAGAGCUAAUAUUUCCUUAUCGCCUAAUGCGGUUUGGGCGUGGAGUAAAGGGCGUGAGUCAUGCCGAUGACUUGACAUAUCUGUUCAGCAGUUUGCUGGCUCGUCGAUUACCCAAGGAAAGUCGUGAGUAUCGCAAUAUUGAGCGCACAGUGGGCAUAUGGACACAGUUUGCGACAAGCGGUAAUCCCAAUAGCUCCAAAAUUAAUGGCAUGGAUAUGAUCACUUGGGAUCCUGUGCGAAAAACCGAUGAUACAAUCAAGUGCUUAAAUAUUAGCGAUGAUUUGAAAUUUGUUGAUUUGCCUGAAUGGCCUAAGGUUAAAGUAUGGGAAAGUCUUUUUAUUGAUAAUCGGGAUCUACUCUUUUGAGAAUGAAAUUUGAAAUAUUUGCUGUACAUAAGUAAAGUCAAUAUAAAUACCUAACAAUCAGGUGUCUAUAAAUUUGUUAUUUGUAUAUUUAAGCUGUCAACUAGCUUGUCAAAGACAUUUAAUAAUACCAAAUUAUAUUUGUACUUAGGAUUUUAACAACUGUUGUCUAAAAAUAAAAACAAAACAAAACAAAUAA